CUCACGAUGAAUUUCAGGUAAGAAAUAAAGUACUUAAAAGUAGUGCUUAAUUUUGGACUCAAUUCGGUAUGCUAAUGAAGGAAAAUGGAUUUGAUCGUUAUUUUGAGAAUCCAGACUUGUAGUUGACUACGUUGUUGGAUGAUGAUUUAAUAAUUGGGGAAUUUAGAAAUCAAAAUUAGAAAUUGAUGGAUUAGUAAGAUAUUGAUUAAUAUGUAGUAUGCAAAAAAAAUAAGUGGCUGAGUUAGUAAGUUAUUUAACUGAGAUGCCAGUGGAUGAUUCAAAUUCAAAAAGAGCUUUUAGAUAUCCAUUUUAUUCAUGUGAAUUGUUAGUAUGUUGUGAAAAUCCUAAAAUUUUGGAAUAAUUUUUUGGUGAAGACAAGUAUUAAGAUUAAAAUAUUAAUAGAUCUCUAUUGCAUAAAUUAUUUUAAUUUUUUGUUUAAGAUGAAGAUGUAAAUCCAGUUUUGGCAGGAUAUGUAUGCAAUGUUUUAUUUAACUUAUUAAAAAUGCGUACUGAUAUCUUUCUUUCUGAGUUUUAUAACUAACAAAAUUUAACAGAGGGAUUAAUUAGAUAACUAUAAUCUCGUUCAGUUACAGAACUUGUGAUUCGUUUAUUAUCAAUAGAAUAGGAGACUGCAGUUGAUUAUACAGCUUAAAGGCUUUAAUUGUUAUAAGGAGUACUUGGAAGAAUUGCUGAUACCUCAAAUUUUGAAGUAAUCUUUAUAGAUUAAUUAUCUUAGGUUCCAACAAAUAUAUCUCAUAUUAUUCAAGAGAUAACAUCUAAAGUGUAUGUAAUUAAUAAAGCAUAAUCACUUUUUGAUUUCUUAUAUAGAGAUUCUAUAGAUCUACUUUGUUUAUCUAUUGUUCAUGAAAAUAACUUUGUAUCUCUUGCUUCAGGAACUGCAUUGUAUAAUCUAUUAACUUUACAUUAUAAAAUGAUAACUAGAUAGGGGGAUCCAGCUGAAAGUGCUAUUUUCUAAAUAGAUUAAGAAGAGUUAUUCAAUAAAAUUGAAUCUCAUUUAAAUAAAUGGCUAGAAUUUCUAUAAUAAUCUACUACUCCUAUUUUUGGAUAACAUAAGAUUAAAAUACUUGAAAUUAUGGGAGUGUGUAUAAGUUUGAAUUAACAAUCAUUUGUUAAUAAAUUAUAAGAAUAGGACAUCUUCAAAGUAUAUAAUUAAUUAUUUCUUAAAUAUGAAAAACAUGAUAUAUUGCAUUUAUAAUACUAUAGAUUCUUAGUUCAUAUAAUUGAAUAAAAGUUGGAUUCUUUGGUUUAGAAUGUAAUAAAUUAUAAUUAAAUAAAUAGUUAUUCAAUCAAAAUGAUUUUAUCUCAUUUUUGUUAAAAUGUACUUCAGAAGUGAUAAAUAAUAAAAAAUAGAGAAGAGAAUAUUUAGGUUUUGUUACUAAAUUGGCUCAUUUUUUGGAAGAAUUCUCAUCAAAAUACCCAUUAUUGUAAUCUGAAUUAGAGAAAGAAUCCUGGAAGAAAUUUAAAGAUUAAUAUUUUGAUAGAGCUGAAAGAUUAAAUAAUCAUGAAUUAGGUGGACAUACAAGAGCUGAUUAUAAUGAGGAUGUUGAUUUUAAUAAGGAAGAUAUCUAAAAAAAAUAUAAUAAUUUUUUAAGUUCAAAAAAUGAUGAGAAAAAUUAAGAUGAAACUAAUACUCAAAACAUAUAAAAUUUAUUUGAUUCUUUUAAUAUUAGUACUAAUGAAUAGUAAAAUAAUACUGUUAAUGAAUAGUAAUAAUAAUGGUAAAAUUUUACUUGGAAUGAUAAUUAAAAUUAAUCAAAUGAAAUAUCAUAAUAAUAAGUUUUCGUAUAAUUAGAAUAAGUAUCGAAUGUAAUUUAGAAUUAAGAUUAAUCAGAAGAAUAAUAAUAAUAAUAAUAAUAAUAAUAAUAAUAAUAAUAAUAAUAAUAAUAAUAAUAAUAAUAAUAAUAAUCAAAUGGAGAAUAAAACAAAGAAGUAGAAAUGUAAUUUGAAUGGACAACAAAUAUAAAAUAAAAACAUGAUUAUGCAUAAGAAGAAAAGGAAGAUGAAUAUAAUCGCUUUUGGUAAUUCUAAAUUCAUGAGCACGAUGUAAAUUAUAUUUAAUUAUUUAUAGGCUAAACUUCAUGAUGAUGCUUUAUAUGAGUUUGAAAAAAAUUUAUGA